CUUUUUAGGAUGGGGCGUUUGAUGACAUGUGUCAACUCGAUAGGGCACGGUGUUUCUCACGCGUUUUGUUUUCCUGCGAGUGUCCGUGUUUGUUGUGCUGUUUCAUCUCUCGCCUCUCUCAUCUCUCUCCCAUCGCCUCUCUCAUCUCUCUCCCACCGCGUCUCCUCCUCUCACCACCACCCAUCUCCUCCUCGACUCACCACCACCGUGUCUCCCCCUCGUCUCACCACCACCGCGUCUCCUCUUCGACUCACCACCACCGCGUCUCCCCCUUGUCUCAUCACCACCACCACAGUCGACCUCUCUCUGUCAUCAUAGGUGGAGGAGAUAAGGUUCAUGGCGGCUGGAGUAGAAAAGGUUCAUGGCGGCUGAAGGAUGCAAGUCUCGUGGCGGCUGGAGGAAGCAAAGUUCAUGGCUGUUGGAAGAGGGUCAAGCUCGACGGCUCCUCCUUGGAUGUGGCGGUUAUGAAUUCAGCUACUUUGAAGGAUCCAAAGAUUUUGAUCAAGGAGAAAGUUAAUGAGAUGGAGCAAGCAAACAUGGGUCACCGCCACAUUUCUUGGAAGCAUGUAUGGUCAAACUUCUGUGUCUUUCGUGUAAUAACGAGAAGUUGCUUGACGACGAUGCUGUUCUUUAGGAUGUCGGAGUCCGGAACAAGUCUCAGGUUCAUCCAUGUCUUUUCAAUAAGUGUUAAUCUGGCU